CUUAUACACCGUCCCUCCGCUCAUAUGUACGUGUGGCUGAGCUAGCUCUAAUGGUAGCUCCGUCAUUAUAUUAAUCAUAUGAUAAUUGUAAUCUCUACUUGCAUAGUAAAUAAUAGAUGUGGUGCUUGCAUUCUACUAUUUCUUAAACGAUAAACUUGUGUUUACACAUUAAGAGAUAAAGUGAAAAUAAAAGCGAAAGCGCCGUUUUUUACCGGAAGUAAUUUACCUCCCUUGCGAAAUAUUUGCUGUAGCAACGAAAAUCGUGUGAAAAUGGGCAAAGUUCUUUGAAUAAUCUUUGCCUCAAAAACACUAAAAACGGAGAUCAACAAUUAUAUGUAAAUGAUAUAUAAUAUGUUCUUGAUAAUAAAUGUUUAAUCCACAAUUGCAUAAAAGAUUUAGAGAAUUGAGCCACCUAAAUAACACGGUAAGAGGAAAUGCGGAUUGAUUCUGAAAGUGGAGUGUCCAAUAGCUACGUUGCAGUAGAUCUCAUUUGCAUAUCAAUGUUGCUUUAACAUACUAGUCUUGUUAAAAUUUCUUCAAUGCUAGCCAAAGAUGUGUGAUACGAUAUUAUGAUUUGUUUAUAGGGAGAAUAUUGCUGAAUGGAGAUACAGAUUGUAAAAUGUAGAUCUAUUGUGGCCUAAGUUUUAAAGGAAUUGUAAAACGUGAGAGUGCACAGAUUGAGAGCAGUAUAUAUUUGUAAAAGCCAGGGUGGUUUCAAGGAUCAGGAUGAGUUAGAAUUGAUCACAGCAUGAUAAAACAGGGAGUUGUCCAAGAAAAGAUAGCGGAUCUCACGUCCAUGAACCAUUUACCUCCCCUUAGCACACUACCGCAGUGGUCACGAAUCAACACUUUAGACAGGGGACGCUACCCAAAACCAUUUGUCAGAGACAAAGUUCCCAUUUAUCCUGAAAUGUCGAGGAAAGAAGAUGGAGAAGAAAGUAAAGAGGUGGAUCUGCAGGAGCUGGACCCAAAGCAGAGGAUCCAACAUUUGGAGAGAAACAUGAUGUUCCUAAAACAGCAGCACCAGGAGGUCUUGCAGUCACUACAUGCUGAAAUUGAGGGACUUAAGAAGGAAAACAAAGAUCUUCAAUUCAAAAUCAUAAUGAGCCAGAAAGGUCAACAACAGCAGCAGGCAGAGAAAAGGAGUGCCAGCAGUCGGCACAGUGCAAAAGACACACACCAUGAACUGACAUCACGAGGAUAUGACAAAGAAUAUUCUUCAACUUCUUUGUUUUCUCAAACCCUUGAAUACACUAGUUCAGCAGGUCGAUCCAGGGAGGAAAGAAUUGAUGAGUUGAAGGUGAUAUUUCUGGAGGAAGAGAUAAAGGAACUGAAACUUGCCCUUAGGGAUGCCAGAAAUCGCAAUAACUAUCUGUCUCAGCUUCUGGAGCAGGCCGAAGAUGUCAAGAAGAAACAACAAGCUCGCAUUGAAAUGCUACAGCAGCAAGUUUCACAAGGUGGAGGAGCUUUAGCUGAGCAGAUAGCAGCUGGCAAUCUUAAUCCUUUCAGUAACCAAGUCAGACCCCCUACACUGGCUGAAUGUGAAGCUGUCAUAAAACAUCUUCAGAAAGUCAAUGAAAAUCAAGCUCAUGAGCUUGAUGGUUUGAAAUCAGAUUUAAGAGAUGUGCUGUAUUCUCAUAAGUGGACUCCUGAUGCCUAUCUUCUUGCCAAGGCUUACAUAGCAGAAGACGAUGCCAAAUCUGCCAAGGAAAAAAGCCUGCCUAAAGUCGCACUCAAAAAUCCAUCCAGGAAACUACCAGAGGUAGCUUAUAUCAACAGGGAAACCGUCACCCUUCCCGCCCUCAAACAAACAAUUGGUAACCAGAAUGUUGAGAGGAAGAAGCGUACUCAGAUCCUUCAGAAAGCUCGCCUCAGAAAGGAAGUCAUUCCAUGAUGUUAAUAAGUCAUAAUAUGAAAGUGCAUUUUUAAUUGUGGUUUUAGCUCACCUGAGUGAAAACUCAAGUGAGCUUUUCUGAUCAAAGUUUGUCUUUCAUCUGUUUGACACCAAUUCUAACUAAAUUUGGCACAAAGCAUCCUUGGGUGAAGGGGAUCCAAGUUUGAUCAAAAACCAAGAUAAUGAUCCAAGGGAAGAUAAUUUAGAAAUAAUAAAUGUUUAAAAAAGAACCACUGGUCCAGAAGUUCAAACCAUGAUUUCCAUAGUCAGGGUGGAGAUACAGAGUUUUACACAGGUAUCUAUAGAAAUAUUAACUUAUCAUCUGAUAGUACAAAAUGUCAUACAAUAUUCAAGAGUCUUAACUUUGCAGAUUCAAGUUUGUUCACACCAUGUUCUGUAUGUCAAAGGUGGGGUCAUGAUUGGGAUUUAAUGUUUUACUGGGAAAAAUCCAACUGCUCAGGUGAAUUAUUUGUCCCAUUGACCACUUGUUUAUGUUUUAUUUUUGUGUGACCUGAAAUGUGCAAGAGAUAUUUUUUCUUAAAUUUCUUCCUUUGUGAGAAAUAUAUAUUCAUGAGCCCUUCUUUCUUGCAAAUAUUUGUCACCACGAAUUGGUUAUUUUGUUUACACUGAAGGUGCAUAUGUUGGCUCACUCAUGAAUAUCAUGUGUUGAAAAGGAGUUAAUUUAAUUUCAGGUAAUAGAAGGUUUACGAAAUUAUGCAAAAAUAUUUUACCUACUAGACUAUGUUAGUUUUUGAAGAUCUAUGUGUUCUUGAGAGUUUUAUCUUCAAAAUGUGCCAUCUUUCAAAUUCUUAUCAGAAGAAUGCGUGUACACAAUUUACUCUCCAAAAAUUUUCAUUGGACCAAUAAUUUUGUACAGAGAUUCUUUUCCAUACACUUCAAGAUUUGGGCAAAUAAAAAAUUUUCCUCUUAUUUUUUUUUUUGUACACUGAAUCCAUAUUUCGUUAGAUAUUACAUGACAUUCCCAUUUAUUUAUUUGCAACAUAAAUGUAUCUAUAUUUUUAAAUUUUUACUGAAAAGUUGUACUAGCGAUGAAAUAUUCUUUGCUGUUAUUGUGUUCCAUGUGUGAAUAUAAGAAUUGUUUUUAUGUACACCUGUUGAGUGUGUGACAAGGCGUGUGUUGUGUGUAAAAUAUCAGAGGAAUUGGUAUCAGUUUCUCUUGGUGCUUUUUUUCAAAUAUGUAGAUAUAUUAUCUGUCUUUAAGAAUCAGUGCUUAUCAACUUAAUUUUGUCAGAGGUAUUUUCAAAGUGCUUCUGAAACCAAUGUUGAUGCAUACACAUUGGACUUUUACUGACCAUAGUAAUAUUUUGGUUAGUAUUAUACCACAGAAACCUUGAAAUAAACUGCUAUAUGGAGUUAAGUUUUGCUUUCAUGCAGAAAUAUCGUGAAAGAGGCAUGGACACGAUUUGAGCAAAAAAAUUUCCAAAUUUUAUUUUCCCAUUUUUAUUGUUUACAAUGUUUAACUAAAGUAUUUCUAAUAGUCAACCAAAGUUUGAAGAUCAGUUGUUGAGUUACAUGUGCACUUGCAAUUCUUUUUUUUUGUUUACAUAUAGAUUGCUUUAUAGAAAACAGCAUGUUUAAAACAAAAUGAAAUGUGCUAAACACUAGAAACUAUUUAAUUGUGUUCAGAAUUAACUUGUAAAUUGAAAAAUAUGCUUUAAACAAACUUUUACUAGCAUAUUUAGCCUAUAUGUAAACAAAAACAUGGCACGAGCCUUGUUUACAUACCAAAGAAUUGUGAGCUUUGUAUCUCCCAUGUACCUCGACAACUGACAUUCAAAUUUUUGCUGACCUUCAGAUAUACUUUAGUUAAGCAUUCUAAAUAUUAAACGUGUAAAAAUGAAAUUGAUGAAAAAAAAUUCAGCUCAAAUUGUGUCCAUGUCCCUUUAAUGAUAUGAAAGAAAGAACAUUGCCUAUUUUAUGACCAGAUAAAACAUUCUGCACACAGUGAAAAAAAAGGACUAAAUGUUGCUCUGUCAAAAUGAACAAUUAGAAGACUCUUAACAAAUGAAUGAAAGUAUUUCUCAGCAUUUCUCUCUUGACACAAUUUAACUCUUUAAGUCAAAUAAAGUUUUAUUAGAUGCUGAGAAGGCUUCAUUGAAUAACGUUACACUAUAUAUAUAAUACAGUGAAACUCCUCAAUUCUAUACAACAACAACAACCCCCACAACCCCCGAUAUCAACCAUUCCCCCUCAAAAUCUGCCAAUUUCAAAAGUCCCAGCAAAAGUCUUGUAAAGAAAUUUUCACUUCUGGAAAACAGGCAUUGGUCAGCUUUUAGCUCACUUGAGCUAUAAGCUCAAGUGAGUUUUUCAGAUCACCUGUUGUCUGUCUGUCCAUUUGUCUGUAAACUUUAUACAUUUUUUACUUCUCCCCAGAAUCACAGGGCCAAUUUCAACUAAACGUGCCUUAAAACAUCCUUUGGUAAAGGAGACUCAAAAUUGUUCAAAUGAUUGAUUGAUUGAAUAUUGUUUAACGUCCCUCUUGAGAAUAUUUCACUCAUAUGGAGACAUCACUAUUUGCCGCUGAAGGGCUGCAAAAUUUAGGCCAAUGCUCAGCGCUUAUGGCAUUUGAGCAGGGAGGGAUCUUUAUCAUGCCACACCUGCUGUGACACAGGACCUCAGUUUUUGCGGUCUCAUCCAAAGGACUGUCCCAUUUAGUCGCCUCUUACGACAAGCAAGGGGUACUGAGGACCUAUUCUAACCCGGAUCCCCACGGAUUUGUUCAAAUGAAGGGUCACAACCUAUUCAAAGGGUAAAUAGUUAAGAUAUAGUGAAAAUAUGGUGGCAUUAUUUAAAAAUCUUCUCAAGAACCACUGAACCAGAAAAGACAAAACUUGUAUGAAAGUUUCCUUAAUGAGUGGAGAUUCAAAAUUGUUCAAAUCAUGGCUCCCAGGGAUAGCAUGGGGCCACAAUAGGGGAUCAGAGUUUUACAUGGGGAUAUAUAGGAAAAAAUCAAAAUCUCAAGAACUUGAAGGCCUUGAUUAGUCAUAUUAAUAUGCAAGCAUCAUCAGAAAGUGCAGAUUUAAGUUUGUUCAAUAUGUGGCCCUCAGGUGUAGGGUAGGGCCACAUAGGGAUCAAAGUUUUAUAU